UUGUCAUUAAAUUGUAAGAAGAAAGUUCUUGCCAAUUUUAUUUAAUCGUUGUUUUUAAGAAUAAAAUUACCAUCUUCAUUAAAACUAUGUUAUCAGAUGAAGAAAAAUUUUCAUUAAAUCCAAUAAAAGUGACAAUCCUCAAUGGAGCAGCCCUUGUUGAUAUAAGACACCAAGACUACGAAAACUCAGAAUAUUUUUCAUUCAAGCGGCUUAUGAAUAAGUCGUACUUUCAAGAUCGCAGCUUUUUGACAAAAUUUGUCAAAACAAGAUUUAAAUUUUUUAAUCGGCCGAGCCCAAAUGACUUUAGUCCAUUCGAGAAGUUGCUUGUCUCAAAUGAAGAUAAAUCAGCUAUAAUCAGUUUAUUGAUAAGAUCUUUCAAUUUAUGGAAUAAUGCAGACUUUUGGACAAAAAUGGUGAAUCUUGAAGAGAUUAUGAAGCACUACGCAAUAAACAGAGAUGCCAAUGUUAAGAAUUUAUUUAGUAUUUUAAUCUAUGAUUGGCACUGCCCAAAAGAUGAAUCAACUAAUUAUUGUUUGUCUGAAAAGUUUGAAGCUUAUGCACUGUCUGGUGAAUCACUGUUUACAAAGUUGUACAAUAUUAUUGAUAGUGAGGAUCAUCAAGGAUAUAAUCGCAUUUGUUUACGAAUAAUUUAUCAAUAUCUGCAUGAAAGACUGAAUACAAUUGAAAAUUUCUACGAGAAAACAUUAUUUCAAGACAUAAUAACUCAUACAGUCAGUGAUGCUCUAAAAAUUCAAAAUGAGGAAUAUAAAAUUCAAAUCCUUAAAAUUCUCACAGUGUUCUUGGACAAUACCGGAGAUGAUAUCUACAAACAUUUAAAAGAACAAAUUUCGGAAAGUGUUAAUUAUAAAUUUGAAUGUCAUUCAGUUUAUAGAAUAUCACUUGAUGCUAUCGAAAAGCAUUGUGAUGAAAAAUUCUUUAAAAUUGCCUUUUUACUCAAAGAAAAUCGACUUAAAAGAUUUGAAUUUGAAUUUGAGGAUUUUAUUAAAACAUAUCAAAAGUAUUAUGGUGAAUAUUGGAAAGUAGCUAUUAAACCGAAUGCUAGAUUACUUUAUCACAUCUGCGAAGAACAGUGCGAGAAGAAAUUGCUUAAAACUGUUGAGUUCAUAUUCCACAAAUGUCCUUUCAUCGAACUUAAUUCGACCAUCCUCACAACAUUUGAAGAAGUGGCUGAUUUUGAAGCAAUUUUUAAUGAGCCAUUAAGUAAAUGCGAGGAAGAACUUCUCGAAAAUGUCUACAAAUUUUUCGAGAAAGAUUUUAUUCAGUGUAUGGAUGAGUUUAUGAAACAAAGCCUGCACAACAAAAAAAUGACCCGCAAAUUACUAUUUGGUCGAAAAAGUGUUUACGAGAAGAGCCUGCUAGAAGAAAUUUUAUCACAACCGAGACUUUAUUCAAUUCUUGGUGACAUUUGGAAGAAAUUUCAUCUUUACUCAAAACCUGAAUUGCUGACUUUGAAAAAUCACAUGGGAAAACCAUUAAUACAGCACGCAUUCGAGGCAGGUGUUAAUCAAAUGGUCGCCUUUCUUAAUCUUCCAAUGAACCACAAGACAGAAGACUUUAAUAGACCAAAGUAUUACAUGGUCAUGCAAAAUUCCCAAAUUUAUUCAUUAACUGAAAAAUCACUCCUAGAAUAUCAGAUAGAUAUUUUUCUAGGCAUGGAAGAACUCGAGUUGGGUGUAGAUUUAUUUGUCAGGAACAUUUAUCUACUAGAAGAGAUUGGAACUAUCGAUGAAAUACAAUCGGAUGAAGUUAUUGAUUAUUUUUUAAAAUUGAUGGAAAAAACUGAUCAGUAUGCUCAUGAACUUUUUGAAAUUGAUGACUUGCUGGGAAUUAUGAUUAUCUAUUGGACUCCUUAUAAAGGACAAUAUGAAUACUACAAGCAAAAAAUGAUUCAAAUCAAUUCAUUUUUCGACAUACUAUUCAUGACAAUUGAGAAGAAAUAUGACGAAUUUUUGGAAAGCUUCUCAUCCAAAUUUGAUGAAUUGGAGGAUGUUUAUGAGACAAGAUAUGAUGUUAGUGUAACACAAAGAGAUACCGAGGAUCAUCUGUAUGAGCUUUACUCAUCAAAUUUUAUGUUCAUAUUAUUUCUGGCUGCCAUAAGAACAAACCAGCACAAACUUAUUGAUUUUAUCUUCAAAAAUGAUUGGUUCGUUACCAUAAAUUUUGGAUUUCCUGAGAAUGUUAAAACCAGUGAGAUUCACUACUAUGCAGCUUUGAAUCUGCUUAAACAUCGUCAUGAGCUAGGAAGAGCCAACAUACCAGAGGAUUGGUUGACACAUGAAGUCCUCGAUGACUUUCUAGACUCAAGAAUUAGCUAUAGAGAUAAAGACUAUAUUGAAAUUGAUUGUACAAGUUUGCUUCAUGCAGAAAGUCAGAAAAUUAAAGUGAGAGGACCAACAGAUGUGACCGAUAAAUUGUUGAUGCUUGAAGAUACGAUGUCACUCUCUUAUAUUAGAGAUCAUGAAAAUUUAAAGAACUUGAUCGCACAUCCAGUGAUAGAAACGUACAUUAAUCUAAAAAGCCACAAAUACCAGAGAAUUUUCGUUUACAACUUUUGGGCUUUUGUUUUAUUAUACAUCAUGCCAUUUAUUGCACUCAUUUCUCACAAUCAUGGCGUCAAUUCUGACAGCGUAAUAUGGACUGUAUUCAUGAGCAACAGAUUUCAUUACAUUGGAAUAAUCUUUUUGAUACUCAGAGAAUCAUUUCAGUGCAUUAUUUCUGGUUCUAUCAUUUCAUAUCUAAAACAGCGCUCAAAUAUCUUCGAUAUGAUUCUAAUUACUCUUUCAAUUGCUUUAUCACUUUGUAGUAAUUUUAAGAGUGAAAAUAUAGUAGACAUCAGUUCUUCCUCUAUGGCAUUUUUAGAAGUCGCCUUGAUCUUGUUCACAACAAUAAGCGCAACUUCAUUAAUACCGUUAGCAUACGUACCUAUAAAUAUGCAAAUAUUAAAGAAAGUUUCAUUGACAUUCCUCAAUAUUUUCUAUACAUUCGCAAUCAUUUUAAUUGCUUUUAGCUUCUCAUUUUGCAUUAUGUUUGAAGAUCCAUGUAGCAAUGCAAAUAGCACUAUUAAUUGCUCUGAACAAGCCCAAAAGGAAGAAAAUUCAGGAGAAGAAGAUGGUGACGAUGAUCCAAUUGAUAAUUUUAAGUAUCCACAUACUGCCCUGAUGAAAAUUAUGACAAUGCUUUCUGGCGAGUACUCUAUAGAGCCCAUUAAGCUAUCACCAUAUCAACUUGCGUUUUUUGCUGUAUUUGUGACUACCUCUUUUAUUCUAUUUAACCUUAUUCUUGGUUUAUCAAUUGAAGAUGUUCAAGAAUUGAAAAAUGGAUCGAGACUGUUCAAUCUGUUGACGCAGACAAAGAAGUUGAUAAAUGUAGGACAAAAGCUGGAUAUUUAUUACAACUUUAUUGUUGAUUAUUAUGACAACAGAUACCUUUCUCAAUCAAAGCUCGAUGUUUUCAAGGAUGUUUUAUUAAAUAUCUCAACAACUAUCGUAAGAUUCUCCCUUUCAAAGUACAUUCAUGUUCAUAGUAUUCAAAAGAUUUAUGUGAACAUCAAGUCUAGAGAAGUUUUUAUCAAUGUCAAUCGAAAGUAUGAACCUAUUCUAAAAACAACAGGAUAUAGGAAUAAUGAUCGGUAUGUAAUUAACGAAACUACGCUAACCGAAAUUCAGCAAAUUAUAAAUGUCAAGAAUAAAAAAAUGUUUAAGAAUCUUAAGAAGACGAUGCAGACGGAGGAUUGAAUAAAUAAAAUGGCGAAAUGUUUUCGUUUGGCAUCUAAAUUUUGGCGAAUGACAACGUAUGAUAAAAAAACUGAUUUUGAGUUCUUGGAAAAGUCUUCUUCUUAUUACUUGAGUUUUGCAAACCAGAAAUGUUUUAUUGAUUAAAUUUUAUACAACGAAAUAGAAUUUUGAAGUUUCUAUAGAUUUUGUUAAAGUAUGUUAUCAUAUAUUGAGUUAUUCAAAUCAAUUAAUAAAUAUCUAGUCUAUAAAUGAUCUAUAAUUAAAUUAAUUCUUGUUUGUGGUCUAAGUGCUGAGUACAUUGUGGCACUUCCUUAUUUAAGAAGUAUUUUUGGCAGUUUGAGAAGUCAGUUCUCCAAAACGUGUUAAAAACAGAAGCUUAUAUUAUUGACAGGAUCAAAUCAAGGACAAAUUUGUUUUGUUUUUGAACUUUCAGCUUUAUCUUAGAUCUUGCUUGUAAGUUGUGUUCCAAUCGAAUUUAAGAUUAGAUCAUUUUAUUACACGAAUUG